AUUAGGACGGUGUCUGCGAUCUAGGGCUGAUGAAAGACCAUUUGACCGCCGUCUCUUGGCUUUACGUCGUGUCAAUUUUUGGUCACAUGUAAAUUAUGUAAUGCGGCAUAUUCUAUAAAUUAAACUUGUGAUCAGACUUAAAGUUGCUGUAGAUUUCAUUUGUUCGGUCCUUGCGUCUUUAAUUUUCAAUCGGUUGAUUAUUUUAGCGAAUUCUCACUAACAAACUACAAGCUGCAAAAUGUCGGGAGGACUAGAUGUAUUGGGGUUGAAAGAAGAUGAUGUCACCAAGAUGUUGGCUGCCACCACCCACUUGGGUGCGGAAAAUGUCAACUUUCAAAUGGAACAAUAUGCUUAUAAGAGAAACAGCCGCGGAUUGAACAUUUUCAACUUGAACAAGACAUGGGAGAAACUGUUGUUAGCAGCUAGGGCUAUUGUUGCUGUUGAACAUCCAUCAGAAAUUUUCGUUAUUUCAUCUAGGCCUUAUGGACAACGUGCUGUAUUAAAGUUUGCAGCUUACACUGGUGCCACACCAAUUGCUGGUCGUUUCACUCCAGGAGCUUUUACUAAUCAGAUACAAGCUGCUUUCCGUGAACCUAGACUUCUUGUUGUAACCGAUCCAGCCACUGAUCAUCAGCCAAUCACUGAAGCGUCUUAUGUUAAUAUACCAGUUAUUGCUUUAUGUAAUGCAGAUACUCCAUUAAGAUAUGUUGACAUUGCCAUUCCGUGUAAUAAUAAGUCUCCUCAUUCUAUUGGACUUAUGUGGUGGUUCUUGGCCCGUGAAGUUCUUCGUCUUAGGGGUACUAUUCCUCGUGAUGGUAAAUGGGAUGUCGUUGUUGACUUGUUCUUUUACAGAGAUCCUGAAGAUGUUGAAAAAGAAGAAGCUGCUGCCAAAGAAGCAUUGCCUGCAGCUUCAACUGUUAAGCCGGUUGUUGGUAUGGAAGAAGCUUAUUCAUUAUCCAAUACAGCUGCUGACUGGAAUGAGGGUGCUAUAGCAGCUACUGCUCCACAAAAUUGGGCGGAAGAUGGAACUCCUGUGCCACCAUUGGCAGUAGCUGCAGCUACUCCUGCUCCUGCUCUUGACUGGGCGGCCGAAGAAUGGAAUGCAGCGCCAGCUACUGGUGCAGCCAAUACUAACUGGGGAGGUGGUUCUGCACCUAAUUGGUCAACCUAACAACAUGUAAAACAUUUUUCUUAAAGAAUAAAAGCUUCUUUUUGAAUUUUGAA